ACCACUUGGUAUCUCCGCUACCAUUCCAUUUCAUCGCGGCAACUUCGACGGAGGUUCACAAUGGAUAUGAUUGUCCCUGCAGUCAUAGGUGAUAUUGUCAACAGAGCUGUAUCCUUUGCCAUCAAGAAAUGCUUGCAGCUUCCAGACGUCGACAAGAAUCUGGAGCGGCUAAAUCAGUUGCUUCUAAGAGCCCAUACCAUCACUGAGGAGGCCGAGGGAAGGCUUAUCAACAAUCGAGAGAUGCUCCAGCAGCUGGGGAUAUUGAUAGAAGGGAUGCACAGAGGCCACUAUAUGCUUGAUAACUUCAAAUGUCGAGACCUUCAAGAAGGGAGAGGGGACGAGCAUGAGGUGAGUCACUUCUCUGGAUUAUCUAUGUUCAGUGCAGCAAAGUGUCUUCGUUCGUCCAAUAACUACAGAAAAGCAGUGCCCUUUGGUAGUAACAACAUAGAAGACCUACAAGAAGCUCUUGGGUUAGAUUGUGCUUGCGUCAAGAAGCUUACUGGCAGAUUUUCAGGAUGUUUGCAUCUAGAAGCACAAAUCCUGAUGAGCAACCAAGAUUUGCAUGGCAAUUUCGUUGCUCAAUUCUGGUGCUCGGCUCGUGGAUAUCGGAUGGCAUACACACACAGGCAGCUCCUUCUGUUUGAUUACUACUCCAUGGCGCUUUCCAGCCAGAACCAACUCCUCCAAGAGCAAGAUCACUGUUGUCAGGAUUCAUGUCAGGAUGCUCUGAAAGGCGAGGGUGGAGAACCAGAACACACCGUGGACGGGCAGGAAGAAGAGCAGUCUAAAAGCUGCAUUUGAUCUCUGUGUGAAAGCUGCAUUUGCUCAGCAGUCUAAAAGCUGCAGUUAAUGUAUGUUAAUUAGUUGUGUGAGUAGUGAAGAGUGAUUAAUGAUUGUGAUGUAUGCUAGCA